AUGCCCCGCACGCCCCUCACCAUUCCACCACAUCUCCUUUUCCCGGGAAGGUGCCUUGAUUGUUCGCUAAGGGGAUUCCUCUUUGCGAACUUCUCCUCCCUCCGAUCAAUCAACACCGCCGCCGCUGCUCGCGUCCUUCCAUCGCAGAUCCCCACCCGACGCCGAACUUCUCACAACAACACCAGCCCCGCGACUUUUAGCAAUCCCCGACAACCCUACCUGACCGACGCGAUCCGUGCUCACCAAGCUCGCAAGAUGGCUCCCCAGCUCAACGGCUAUUUCCAGCAGGUUGACGCCCUUGCCGAUGCCUUUAUCGAGAGGCUGCGCCAGGCCGUUGCCAUCCCUUCCAUCUCGGCCGAUCCCGCACGCCGGCCUGAUGUCGUCCGCAUGGCCAAGUUCCUCGAGUCCGAGCUGAUUAAGCUUGGUGCUCAGGUCGAACUUCGUGAACUGGGGAGGCAGCCCGGUUCCGAUGUCAACCUCCCUCCCGUCGUCCUCGCCCGAUACGGCAACGACAAGAACAAGCGCACCAUCCUCGUCUACGGCCACUACGACGUGCAGCCGGCCGAGAAGAGCGACGGCUGGGACACUGAGCCCUUCGAGCUGACUGUGAUGCCAGAUGGUCGCAUGUGCGGCCGUGGCGCUACCGACGAUAAAGGUCCUGUUCUAGGCUGGCUGAACGCGAUCCAGGCUCACCAGGCCGCCGGCAUCGACUUCCCCGUUAACCUGUUGAUGUGCUUCGAGGGUAUGGAGGAAUACGGCUCCGAGGGCCUGGACGACCUCAUUUACGAGGAGGCCAAGAAGUUCUUCGCUGAUACCGACGCCGUCUGCAUCAGCGAUAACUACUGGCUUGGCACUGAGCGUCCUUGCCUGACCUACGGCCUACGUGGCUGCAACUACUACAACAUCGAAAUCUCGGGCCCUGGCGCUGAUCUUCACAGUGGUGUCUUUGGUGGCACCGUAGAGGAGCCCAUGACCGACCUGGUUCGCAUCCUGUCCUCGCUGGUCGACACCAACGGCAAGAUCCAGAUCCCUGGUAUUUACGAGCAGGUCGCUCCUGUGACACCCGAGGAGGAGGGUCUGUACGACGACAUCUCCUUCAACAUGGAGACGCUGUACGAGUCGCUGGGCAGCAAGACCACGAUCUAUGACGACAAGAAGAAGACGUUGAUGGCUCGCUGGCGCUUCCCCUCGCUGUCCAUCCAUGGCAUUGAGGGCGCUUUCUCCGGAGCCGGCGCGAAGACAGUCAUCCCCGCUAAAGUCAUCGGCAAAUUCUCGAUCCGUACCGUCCCCAACAUGGACAUUGAGAAGACCAACGAGGCUGUCUCCCGCUACGUUGAGGCGGUCUUCAAGUCGCUCGGUUCCAAGAAUACCAUGAAGGUCUAUCCCCAGCACACGGGCAUGUGGUGGGUUGCCAGCCCCAACCACUGGAACUUCACUGCCGCUGCCAAGGCGAUCGAGCGUGUCUGGGGUGUCAAGCCCGACUUCACUCGCGAAGGCGGCAGCAUUCCCGUCACGCUCACUUUCGAGAAGGCCACUGGCAAGAAUGUGCUACUCCUGCCCAUGGGCAGCUCAACAGACGGUGCCCACUCCAUCAACGAGAAGCUCGACAAGCGGAACUACAUCGAGGGCAUCAAGCUGCUCGGCGCGUACCUCCAUUACGUUGCUGAGGAGCCCAUGGAGUAA